AUGUCACUUAGAAUAAAGCAAAACGAUUUAAAUUCGAAGAGGGAGGUUUUGCAAGAUACAAGGGCGGCUAAGGGGCUAACUUGUGAAUAUGAGAAAAAUAUCUCAGAUGAUGAUAUCAAUAAUAUAAUUAAUGAAUUAAGAAGGUUAUUUGAUGUUAAUAAAUCCGUAAAAGAAGAUAUACAACUGGUAGAUGAGCAGGUAAGACAGACACAGUUAGAGUUGGAGUCUCUUGUAGCAAGAAGCUCCAAUAAUAACCGCCACUUACAAGAUUUGUUAUUAUCAACUAAUGAUGUUCGAAAACUACAGGGUGUAAUGGAAGGGUUAACCAAGCAGCAGGAGACGUUAAGAUUAACAGCCGUACAAGAGCAGGAAAGACUUUCACAGUUACUUGACGGUAAACUGUCACGAUUGGUUGAGACUUUGCGUGAAGAUAUAAUGCAGGAUGAUCAACGGUCAUCUAAGUUACAAGAGAAGUACUAUGAAAGUGAAAAGGCAUUAGCUCUAGCUCAGCAGGAGCUUAAAGCGUAUAAGAAGCUGCAUGGGGACUUGGAUGAGCUUAAUGACGCAGUAUAUAAGAAGAAAAUGGAAUAUGCUGAGCUCCAGAACGCCCAUGAUUCAACGCAGGAUCUACUACGUGGAAGAACAUUGGAGUUGGAAGAGUUGGAGGAGCGAUACCGUGUCUUGGAAACGCAGAUCAAUGAUACUUUGCUGCUUCGGUAUAAGUGUUUACAGGACGCUGUGGUGACGUGCUCUGAAAAUGCUACCAUUCCUGAUACAUCAGGUCAACCUAUAUCUAGGAUUACUCGUGUUACCAGUAUGUUAAGGUCCAAAUAUGGUUCUGCAGAUGUAAAUAGGAGAGUGGUUUCUCUAUCUAGUGUGCCGACAAUAACGAGUAGCGGCAAGCCCUAUCUUCUUACACCAAUUUCUGCGGCAGCAACAAAUAACUCAGAUAGUGAGAAUACCACAUUUGAUUGA